UGGCUGUACAAAAGCCUCCCAUGUAUGAGCCAGAGCUCAGAGCAGCACAGGGAUGUGCAGGUGUGUGUACACAUAGCAAGGCGAGGUGCAAAUAUCUUCCCAGCCAGAUCAUCUCUUCCACAAUUCUCCGAUCCUGUGCAGCCUGGCAGACCUUUUAUUUUUCCUUUUGCUGCUUGUUUCCAAACAUGUCUCCAGAGCAGAGCUUCUGAGGAGCUGUUUCCUCACGUGCAUCUCCCUGAAAGCAGCUCUCUCCAAGAAGACGUGGUGGCUAGCAGCAUGGUGGGGAUAGCAGCAAUGAGGACGUGGAUUGAACCAGUGGUCGCGGGUUCCCAAGUGGCCAGUGCCUUCUACGACACAGCACUGCUGCUUGUGGUGAAGAACUACUACAAUCUGACCAACAGCACUGCUCCCUCCCAUGCCGUGGAAGAUGCUCAGCAGAAGGCUGUAUCUAAUUUUUAUAUCAUCUACAACCUAGUUCUGGGCCUGAGCCCACUGGUGUCAGCCUAUGGCUUGUCCAAGCUGGGGGACAGGAUACAUCGGAAGAUCCCCAUCUGCUUCCCUCUUCUUGGUUAUAUGGGCUCCAAAACUCUCCUGUUGCUCCUGAUCUUGCUGGACUGGCCAGUGGAGGUGAUGUAUGGGGCUGCUGCCUUCAAUGGGCUGACUGGAGGCUUCACCACACUUUGGGCAGGCAUCAUGGCUCUGGGAUCCCUGGGGUCGUCUGAGAGCAAGAGGUCUCUGCGGCUCAUCAUUAUUGAACUGGUGUACGGCCUCGCUGGCUUUCUGGGAAGCAUGGCAUCUGGCUACCUCUUUGUUGGCUUCAGUGACCGCUAUCGAGAAGGCACCGUGCUGGUGUGCUGCAGCAUUGCUUGCUAUGCCUUCUGUCUCCUCUACAGCAUUUUUGUCCUCACAGUCCCCAAGCCAGCAGCUUCCUGCCCAGCCAAAGCCAAGAGCGCAGAGGAGGUGGGUGGUCAGCUACCUGAAGCAGCAGCAGAAGGGAGUUCCCAACCGUCAGAGGGCAGCAUCUCCACUCCAGUAUCCCCCUCAAAACUCAUCAUCAUCCUGCUGUUUGUGGCAGCAAUCCUCUAUGACCUUGCUGUGGUUGGCGCAAUGAAUGUGCUCCCACUGUUCUUGCUCAGGGAACCUUUAAGUUGGAAUGCUGUGGAGAUUGGCCAUGGCAACGCUGCCGGGUACGUGAUCUUCAUUACCAGUUUCCUAGGGGUACUCAUGUUCUCCAGAUACUUGAGGGACAUUACCAUGAUCAUGAUUGGAGUAGCAUCGUUCAGUGCUGGCAUCCUCAUCAUGGCCUUCGUGCAGUGGACGUUCCUGUUCUACACUGCACGGGCAGUGAUGCUCUUUGCCCUCAUCCCUUUACCAACCAUCAGGUCCAUGUUGUCCAAGCAUGUUGAAGGAUCAUCCUAUGGUAAGGUGUUUGUCCUGCUGCAGCUGUCUUUAGUCACCACGGGAGUAGUGACAUCUACAGUCUACAACAAGAUCUAUCAAAACACACUGGACUGGUACAGCGGCUUCUGCUUCAUUUUGUCUUUCCUGGUUGGCUGCCUGACUUUCCUACCUUUAAGCUUUGUGGCCAUCAAACAACGGUCAACCACUGGGUCCCUGGAGAUUCUGACUGAGUAACAGAGGCAUCUUUUGGUGAUCAUUAGUCCCUACAGUAGUUACCAACACUACAGGCUGCAUAGCAUUUGUAUUUCCACUUCACAGCAUGCCACAACCUCUCAGCCACUCAGCUCGCCCAGGAAGAGACAUCUGCCUUGUUAUUUCUGCAGCACCUCAUCUUGCAGAGUAUCUGCACAUCAGAAGUCCUCAGAGCAUUCUGCUUUUUGCUAGGCUGGUUAGUAAUACCAGAGAGGGACAAGAAUACAGGCUAGAAAUGAAAACGGCAUUUCUAGACACAUCGUUCAGAGUGGAAGAGGAAAGCAGAGGAUUGGUUUUCCAUUAGUUCCUUCUUGUCUGUUCAUUCAGAAAUCUCAGGGCAGUUCUGUGACUUUGGCUGAUGAAACGGGGCUGCAAGCCAUAUGCCAUGUGCACAGGGCCAUCAGCAGGACACACUGGCUCGCCACCUGCUACAGAAGAUGUUAUCAGCCCAGCCAAUUAAUGUUACGUAAAAGAAAACAGAAAAAUACCACUGUAAAAAUAUGUAAGAUAAACAGAAUUUUAGUAAUCCCUACAAUAAAACACCCCUGAACAGAUGUUCAUGACCCUGACUUUUGGGAAAUUGUCCCCACUGUCCCUGGACAGUGCUUCAACAGAGCUCAUGUGAGGACUAAGACUCAAGAGCUAAUGCUGGUGUUUCGGCUCACACCACCACGAUGUGCUGCUCUUGUAACAGGUUAAGAACAGGUAAGUGCAGCACACAGUUCCUACAGGCUUUUUGGAGGUGUAAGGACACUGAUACCAUGUAAUAGUCACCAUGUUACCUCAGCUUUAAUCUGGGUUGGAAAGGAAGCUCAUACAAUACAGCAACUAGCAUGAGAUGGUAUCACAUAAAUCCAAACGUGAGUCAAAAGUCUGGCAUGUCUCACAAGGAUGUGUCUUCUUACAUGCUAAUUGAGCUAAGAACGAUUAAGGCUACCAAGGUCCUAGACUAAGUAAAGGGAAGUUAAAAGCCCUUAAAUAACUGAAAUAAUCUGGAGGUAAAUCAGGCAGCUUCAGUUCAAGCCAGGGGUAUAGCAAGCAGAAGUUGGUUCAUCACUACACAAUGCCUUGCUCAGAGAAAGUUGCUGCCACCCUCCCCCACAUACAGACACAAUCUUUCCUCAGCUCCAUCACUUUCAGUACCAGAAGUAAUGCAGCAACAAGUCAGAUGACUUCUAGUUACAUCAACCAUGGAAUGAGAUUUCAGGGGAAGGGUAUUUCUGCAGUAAGAUAGUGAGCUGCUCAGCAAAAUAAGCACACGUAAUUUCAACAGUGAAGAUUGCAAAAAAAUGAAACUUUAUUCUAAGUAAAGGAGUCAUCUUUAAAUACAUUUAUUGGUCCAUUCCAUUAAAUUAAUUGAGGUAAACAAAUGGCACAUUUUUUAAAAAUGUACACACUAAUAGAGAAUUACAAACAGUUUUACCUCAAAGUAUUUUUCUCCAUCAAUACUAGUUCCAUAGUAAACAAUGCACAAAGUAUAGUUAUAAGGAUAUAUGAAAGGGUAUAGAAACAUGCCAGCACCAGAAGGCAAGACAGCAUUUCCUAGCCUGCGAGUCUGAACAAGAGCAUAUUUGGCCAAGUACAGGAAACAAAAGCCUCCUUCCCAUUUUUACAUAGUUUACUAGCUAAUUCAUACAGAGAUAAGUCUUUUCACAGCUUUCAUUUUGUAUUUUAAUGGUAUGAACAGUGACUCUGGUUCUGGUGAGUGGGUUUAUAGAGUGAAAGCAGAGGAGUCUGGACAAGGAACCAGCACCGUUUUGGUCCCCGUCACCGAUACCUUCACCACAGUGUGUGAGGCUCACAGCCAGCUUGCCUUCACCUGCAUGGCCCAACUCUCCAGACCUUAGGGAGGGACAGAGGGAUGCAGGCACAGAGAAGCGAGAACAAGGACUGUGCUUCUUUAUUUUUGUGUACUAUAGACAAAAGCCCUUUGGCUCUUAUUGUAAGAUUGGCCUUCAGCAAUCUGUCUCCUUGUGCAGUGGGAAUGUUGCACUGACCAUAACCCUGCAGCUUGAUCUGAAUGUAUGGAUACAUAUCCCAGCAGCAGGGUUAAGGAAAUGGUUUAGCUCCAAAGCAUAGAACACCAAGACCUUCAAAGUAGUCUAGGACAGUGACUAGCUGUUAUUGUUUUAGCAUGCCAUUUACAAAAGGGUGAUCUACUUACACCUCUUUGGAUAGUUCAUUAUUUUCUGCACAUUUACUGUGCUCUAGGCAUGCAACCUUAAAACUUGUCCAGUUCAUUACUACAUACUUGUACAAGUCAGAUACUUCAGCAAGACUUCCAAGUGCUAAGCACAGAAUUAAGCACUGCCAUUUUAGUUUGUAAAUUGGUUCAACAGCACUCCCAAAAGGUUUUAAAUGCCACAUUCAGUCUGCCUGAAGGCAAGUUUAUUCCUGUGAUCCCCAGUUUUACUUCACAAGAGGAAAAAAAAAAAAAUCCAACAAGUAGUUGCAACUUGCCUAUCUUAAAAAAAUUAGUCCUCAUUUUCCCUAUGUAUUAGUUGUUGUAGUAGAAGUUAAUGCACCCAAGGAAAGAAUGUUCUACCUCCAGAAUUUGACAGAACAUCUCAUCUAAUGUGCUUGUAUAGUCUACACAAUUUUGUUCAGUGGUUAUCAGGACAAGGAUUUUCAACAGUCUGCAACAAUAAUCAUAACUAUAUCCAGUUAAAUUGUGCAAGUUUUAACAAAAGUAUGGCUCCUGUUAAAAUACAGAACAGUCCCCUGCUGAUCUGUGAGAGAAUUCUUUUGUACCCUGGCAUCUGCAGGACUGACACCUGAAGCAAUAUGAACAGGCUAAGCACAGCCACUGCUUCAAGGCUACUGCACAGUACCUCCACACAACUGUCUCUGCCACUCAUGUUUUGUUUCUAUCACUAAUUCCACUACUUUAUCUUUAGCAUAAGUUUUAGUGCAACAAAAAUCCAAGUAGAAUUCAGUGAAGAAUCAUACUUUAUUCUUUGAUACAACUCACAUGGGAACUGUUUGUGUCUUUAGGGCUACACAUAUUACCUUUUCAUUUUUCAAUGUAUACCUGAAAAAGCCAUGAUGUUUUAUUGCAAGAUUUAGAACCUGGUAAAGGUAUACAGGAACCUGUAUAAUGCAUGGUCCAUUACUGAGCAUAGAAACAAGAUCUCAGUGCUUCCUUUAUUGUCCUGGUGCCACUUAAGAGAAGAAACAAACACCACAGAAACUAUACAGAGGUAACUGGGCAGCAGUGAAUUAUGCAUCCUCUGAGAGGGACUUUGCCCUGGCUAUGGAUUAUGAGGAAAACUGGGCUGAUUUAAGGACGGCUGAAGGAAGCACACGUUAAACAGACUCAUAGAAAGGGUGCCAACUACUUUUGGUGUCAUUUUGGUGCACAUGCAGAGAGUCAUCUUAAGUGACUUAACACUUAACAAGUUACUCAAAGAUGAAGCUCCUGCACUAUUCCUGCUUCCCUUUACCAACACCUUCUAUUUCUCUCAUGGAAGUCUGGACCCUCCAAAGUAAAGACUUUUAUUCUGUAAGGAUUACAGGAUAACAUGUUAAGAGUUUCACUCUCAGUUCAGGACUCCACCUCCUGCUAACAGCAGUUGUAUAUGAUACAAGUGUCACUCUCCACAUCUUACAGGAAUUUCCUGCAACUUUUGUAGUUCUCCUGACUGGCAUGGCUGCCCCAAAUGUCCCCACACCUCACCCACAGCUUCUCCUUCAGUUACCUAGUGAUUUACAACACCUCUUCAUAAGACCACUCCACUGCCCAUAGAAGCUCAGACCCACCAUUGCACACCCUUAUUACACUGCAGCAAUUCUUGCAGAGGACUUCUCUUUUGAAUGUCAAGUUUUACUUCCCUUGUAUGAGUUUAAGAGGUUUUGGUCCAGACCACAUAAGAAAUCCCAAUCUUCAACAGCUCCAUGUUGAUUUCAACAGUUACAUGUUGAUUUGAACUUCAUUUGGUACUCUCCACUGUCCAUUAUGCUUCUCAUGAACAGCUGUGAUGUUAAUUGCUAAAUUCUCCAGAAGCAACACCCACUUCAGUUUGACAUAAAGCAAAGCAGGAAGAGGACCUUAGUGCUGUAAGGCAUCAGAUUAAAUCAUCUGUAGGAGAAAACCACCACCCUUCCUACUCAUCUUUUGCCGUUUAUUUUAAUAAGAUGGUGGGAAGGCUGACUAAAUAUUAGUUCAAAUUAUAUUUUGCUUGAGUCCCAGUGAUGCUGUAGAGUCAACUACAAAAUUCCAUUUACUCCACAUGAACUAAUUCAAAAAGCACGUUGAUAUUUCUUUGCGGAAAACGGGGAAGACUGUAACCCUGAAGGCCAGACUGUUAGCUAGUACACAAGUGCUUAUUCUAGAUUGCUUCAAGAUUAUCCUCUUAAGUACUUCCCCUGAACAAGAGGAGUCUGUGAUUCUGAACCUAACAGCAACUUAAACCAGAGUUCUCAUUUACACCAAAAAGUGCAUAUUGACAAACUGACCUUAAAACAGGAAACAUAGUUUGUUUAGUACCAUGGAGCUGUCAGUGAAGGCUGAGUCAAGAAGAACUUCUUAGGAUGUUUUAUAUUUUACUUUUUCAUGCAGAGAGCACCAUCUCAUUAGCCUGACAGCUACCACAGUGCUGCAAUAACUCAUCUUGAGGGUUCCAUAAAGCCACCAGGGUGAGAAGGGUGGCUGCAGGUUCAGUUGGUGUUUAUGAAGGAAUAAAUUCCAAAUCAGACUAGUACCUGGUAGGUUGCCACAGGAGAACAGAGAAGUUGCACAAAGUCAAUCACUGCUCACAUUCUUUGCAAGAAUGUUGCCAGAGAACAAGUAAUCACUCAAAUUUAGCAGUAAGCACAGUUAUUUAUUGCCCUAAAUCCCAGUAUUACAGUCAUAUGAGCUCUGACCCCCCUCACUUAGGAUGGUUAAAUCACAUCAGCAUUCCUAAGGCCAUUAACACCAAGUAGGCAUUUACUUGGGGUUGGACUGCAAGAGAAAGGACAAAAAAGUACUUGCAGAAGCAGCUACAAUUCUAAAGGCCAACAGAAACUACUAAGAAAAUAGAUCUAUACCAAAAGUAGUCCUAAAAGAUUUGCCGUGUGGUUCAGCAGAGACAGAUUUGAACACUAUGUGUACCUCAUAGGGUACCCAUCUAUCCCCCACCAAACCAUUUAAGGCAGCUUUCACACACUGAUGCUUGGUGGAAGGAAGCAUUUACACCUUUUGGCUUCUGGCUGCUGCAAAGAAAGCGUGAGGAGAGAAAGCAGAGUUCUACUUUUACUACAGCAGGCAUCUUAGGUGACCAAGCCUAAAGUAGCUCUAGUAAAACCCAUAUUCAAAGCAUGGUGCAAGAGACCUCCACCACGCAACUUCCGGAGCUAGCUUUGGGAAAAUUAAAGACUCAUACUUCCUCCCCCAUUCCCACAACCCUUGAAAGGCCGCUGUCCAACUCAUUCCCACAGCUAGGCUGGUUUUGAUCCCCAAGUCAGUCACAAGUACACUUCAGUCAACUGACAUUAUUUCAUAAUCACCAAGGUAAACAAAGAUACUCAGUAUGAACCAACAGCAUGCCACACUCACAAAAACCACAGUUCAUGCUUGCAUCACCGCCUAUCUGUGGCUGGUGUUGGUAUGGUCUGUCUAGAACCAGCCCGACUCCCAGAUGGAAAAGUCUCCAGAGACCAUUUCAUCCAGAGGGAGCACAUGGGCAGUAGCAAAACAGAAAAUAUUCUUUUGCAGCCUUUUCCUGUCCAUUCCAAAAAAAAAAAAAAAAGGGACAAGGAUUGGUUAGGGAGUACUGUAUCAUAGAAAUAAUUAUUGGGGGGUAUUUUUAAGCAA